CCCCUAACGACGACGCAGCCAAUGCGCAGCACGCGCAAAAAGACGUGAAGGAAUUUCUGACGUCACUGUGUAUGUCUAUAACAAGCUGCAGCUGUCUGAGAGCAACAAUAACAAGCUCGACCCAGCAACACACCGAGGCUUUGACCGCACCUGACAGCAAACAACAGCACGGGGUUUCUCAAAAUGUGGCCGUCGAAAUAACUCUGGUCUCCGUUUCUUCAUCGUGCGAGUCAUAAUCCGGGUUAUCGUCACCAACACCGCCGCGAAACAAACACGGAGACUCGGCCGCAGGUGAACAGGGCAGUUCGAGGCUGCAUCUAGGUCAGUGGGCCUCUCGGCGGCAGUACUGGUGGUUUUGUUUAUAUAUAUAUAUAUAUAUAUAUACAGCGAGUCCUCUGCAUACACCGUGGUAACAUGCAGGCUAACGGGGCAGGACAGGACCGAGAUUCAGAACAGUACUGCCCAAACGGUGCGCAGAACAGCGAGUCGUCCUCCACCGGAGUAGCUCACUCUAACGGACUUCUAACGGAGUCGGCCCCAAACAAUGGAAACACCGUCAGUAACAACAACGGAGUGUCAGCUCAGCCUCCGUCCAACAACAGCAACAGCACGGCGGAGGCCAACUCGGGCGUGAAGAAGAAGAAGCGUUUGUCCCAGUCUGAGGAGGAUGUCAUCCGGCUGAUAGGACAACAUUUACACGACCUCGGUCUCAAUCAGACGGUGGACCUCCUGAUGCAGGAGUCGGGCUGCAGACUGGAGCACCCCUCUGCCACAAAAUUCCGCAAUCAUGUCAUGGAAGGAGAGUGGGACAAGGCUGAGAGUGAUCUGAAUGAGCUAAAGGCGUUGAUGCAAUCUCCGAGUGCUAUAGUGACCACAAACCCCUUCUCUCCUUGAGGAAGAUGGCUCUGGACAAUUGAAUAUAAACAAGGAACUAAACACGCCAAUGCUGACUCUAUGUCCUGUCGUCCUCUGACAGCUGAAGAAACCACUGCUAUGGUUGCAGCCAAUCAGGUGAGAUGUGUUUCCAUUCACACGCAAACAGACACAGCAGAGUCACUCUCAUGCGCUCCAACCACUGAACUGGCAUCAGAGUCUGUCCCACUGCCUCACCUGCUGCGGACAUAAUAUCGCAGGUGCAGUCUGCAUCACCUGAUACUGCAGCGGUAACUAUGGACAAUUCACUCCUGAAUAUGAACAGACCGUUCCUCAUCCAAGCUCAAAAAGCUGAUCCUGUGUUGUAAAUAAUCCUGAACUGGGUGUUGACUGACAGUAGGCCGCCAUUUUUCGAACAUUAAAGCAGUCUCACCUGACAUGAGACGGUACUGGAGAGACUCCGCCUUGUUGAUGGUCCCUUAUGUCACAAGGUCAGACCUCCACCAGGUGACCCUGUUUUACAGACCGUAGUACCCAGUAGUUUACAGAAGGAGGCAUUUCAAACAUUACGUGGACAUUCACUCUCUGGACAUUUCAGUGUGCAGAAGACACUGCAAGGGGCACAAGUCAGAUGCUAUUGUCCUCACAUAAGAGCACUACUAUGAUUGUCGGUUGAAACACACAGCCUAUGAGCCGGGUGACUUGGUGUGCGUUGACCUUCCUGCCCUUGUAGACAAAAGCUGUCGCCAAAGUGGUCUGGCCCUUUCAAAGUGCUGCAAAUGUUAGGCUCUGGCAGUGGUGACAUUGGAGUGGCCUAUGAACUGUUGGAUCCGCCCUCACCUUCAGGAGGGGCUGCAGCAGCAAACAGCCCAGGUCCCUCAUUGCUUAUUGCACUCUCUGGCUCCAAACCUUAUGUUUACUGGAGCCCAGCCACUGUGCCUCCAGAUAGGACUCAGACUAAUAUUAAGGAGCUGUCACUACCAUAACACAUGUGGGAGACAAUACUGCCACAGGAUCUUCCAGUGAACUGUCUCCGGUAGUGCUGCCUUUUGAAGGAGUAAUGACCAAGUCUGGCCUCUGUAUGCAUCCCCCAGUAUGUUAUGGAACUGUUGGAUGAACUUUUGCUUGUUCUUGCUGGUGGAUUAACAAGCAUGUAGACGGAGAAAGACUGUUAUGGACAGACAAAAAAAAGUGUAUGCUGUUCUAUUUUUUUUAUUUUUUUUUAUACUCUUUACUGUUGCUCCUUUUUUAUUACCUGUUUAUAUUGGUGUUAAGCGUAAGUUGGUAAGUGUACCUUAGGUUAUAAAUUCAGCUAUUUUGAAGUGAGGAUACUUUUGGUGGGGGGAUGUGUAAGAGUGGAAUUGUGUGAUGUAAACAUAAUUACAUAAACACAGGUUUAAACAUAAUUGUGCAUGUACAAACAAGUUCUCCCACACAACUUCCCUUCUCCGUUCUCUACACUGGCUCCCUGUAAGAGCUCGCAUCCAGUUUAAGACUC